CUGCCGCGGAGCCGGCCGCGCCUGCGCGCUGAGCUCCGGAAGGCGGUGAUUCGUAAAGCCGGACAGCGCGGCAGCUGCUGUGGAAAGCCGAGCGGGGAGUUUUCGCCACCGUGGUCGCCGCCAUGAGUCGCAGCUAUAACGAUGAGCUGCAGUUCUUGGACAAGAUCAAUAAAAACUGCUGGAGAAUCAAGAAGGGCUUCGUGCCCAACAUGCAGGUGGAAGGAGUUUUCUAUGUGAAUGAUGCUCUGGAAAAAUUAAUGUUUGAGGAAUUAAGGAAUGCCUGUCGAGGUGGUGGUGUUGGUGGCUUCCUGCCAGCCAUGAAACAAAUUGGCAAUGUGGCAGCCCUGCCUGGGAUUGUUCAUCGAUCCAUUGGGCUUCCUGAUGUCCAUUCAGGUUACGGGUUUGCUAUUGGGAAUAUGGCAGCCUUUGAUAUGAAUGACCCUGAGGCAGUGGUAUCCCCAGGUGGCGUCGGAUUUGACAUCAACUGCGGUGUCCGCUUACUCAGAACCAAUUUAGAUGAAAGUGAUGUGCAGCCUGUGAAGGAGCAGCUUGCCCAAGCUAUGUUUGACCACAUUCCUGUUGGAGUGGGAUCAAAAGGUGUCAUCCCAAUGAAUGCCAAAGACCUGGAGGAGGCUUUGGAGAUGGGUGUGGACUGGUCCCUCAGAGAAGGCUAUGCCUGGGCUGAAGACAAGGAGCACUGUGAGGAGUAUGGAAGGAUGCUGCAAGCUGACCCCAAUAAGGUCUCUCCGAGGGCUAAAAAAAGAGGCCUUCCUCAGUUGGGGACCCUGGGAGCAGGCAACCACUAUGCAGAAAUCCAGGUUGUGGAUGAGAUUUUCAAUGAGUAUGCUGCUAAGAAAAUGGGCAUCGACCAUAGAGGACAGGUGUGUGUGAUGAUCCACAGUGGAAGCAGAGGCUUGGGCCACCAAGUAGCCACAGAUGCACUGGUAGCUAUGGAAAAAGCCAUGAAGAGAGACAAGAUUAUAGUCAAUGACCGUCAGUUGGCUUGUGCUCGAAUCGCUUCCCCAGAGGGUCAGGACUACCUGAAGGGAAUGGCAGCAGCUGGGAACUAUGCCUGGGUCAACCGCUCCUCCAUGACCUUCUUAACCCGUCAGGCUUUUGCCAAGGUCUUCAACACAACCCCUGAUGACUUGGACCUACACGUGAUCUAUGAUGUUUCUCACAAUAUCGCCAAAGUAGAACAGCAUGUGGUGGACGGGAAGGAGCGGACGCUGUUAGUACACAGGAAGGGAUCCACCCGAGCUUUCCCUCCUCACCAUCCCCUCAUUGCUGUGGAUUACCAACUUACUGGACAACCAGUGCUCAUUGGUGGCACCAUGGGAACCUGUAGUUAUGUUCUUACUGGCACUGAACAGGGCAUGACUGAGACCUUUGGAACAACCUGUCAUGGAGCGGGCCGUGCCUUGUCUCGAGCAAAAUCUCGACGUAAUUUAGAUUUCCAGGAUGUCUUAGACAAAUUAGCAGAUAUGGGAAUUGCAAUCCGUGUUGCCUCACCCAAACUGGUUAUGGAAGAGGCUCCUGAGUCCUAUAAGAACGUGACCGAUGUCGUGAACACCUGCCACGAUGCAGGGAUCAGCAAGAAGGCCAUUAAACUGAGACCGAUUGCUGUCAUCAAAGGAUAGAACGCUGACCGUGGCCACCAGACACCACUGACCCUCACUGACGUGGACGUGGACGUGGACUGAAACGCUCCUCAGACAUCAGCCUUGACAGACCUGACAAGUUCCAGAGUGUGCAGCUGUAACUGCCCGUUCCAAAAUGGCUGCCGCAGGGGUCUGCCACCUCAGGAGCCAGUGUUGUAAAAUAGCCUUCUGGGGGAGUAGUGUUGCCCCUCCCUCAUUGUCCCACAGAUUUCUAGGAAAACCUAUUAGGAGGUGGGGAUAGGUUAAGAAACUGCCUUACUCGGUCAUACAAGUCCUUAAUCGUCAGAAUAAACUUCUUUACACAAGCUCUGUUUACAUCCCCAGAGAUGUCAUGAAGAAUAUUUUAUUAAAUAGGAAGGUUUUGGAAUGUUGUCCUUUCUGCCCUCCUGUCGUCACUUUGUCCAUUCAUCCACCCAUCUACCCCCUUCACCUGCUCUGAGCAAAACCCUGAUUCCACUCUUUCUUGGCUAGCACCCAGGGGGUCAUAUCAGGACAUUAGAUGAAUGGAGAACAGGACACAUUGAGGAGGGAAUGUGUGGAGGUGUAGGAAUAGGAACCCAAAAGAGCAAAUAAUUUUUCAUAGACUUGCUGCCUUUCUCAGUCUAAAUAUUAGGCAGAGUUUUGACUUACCUGCCAAAUGGCAUCAGCUAGUAUCUGACCUUAAUUAGGCCUGGUCUGGCAAACUUUUCUUGAAUGAUAACCUACACAGCAGCAGCAGAGAACCCUCACGUAAUACUGAAUAUCUUCACUUUAGGAUUGAAUUAUUAUAAAAGUAUUAAGUGACCACAGCUGUGACAUUAGUAGUCGGUGUGUUGACAGGUUGACUAGUCUUGUGCCACUAAUCAGAUUUCAUGUUAUGUACUGUGACACCUCGAAGAUGUUCAAGUUAUAGAUUACUAAGGCCUUGGUUGAGUGCCAUGAGCCAGUACAAUAGAAGAAUCUAAUAAAGUUGCAAUAUGUUGUUUAUAUUUUGUGCUUAAUAUCUUAUAGCUUAGGACAAUGAGUAUUUGUACUUGAUCCGCUUAUAUGUUGCUGUUUUCUGAUUUUCUCCCAGGUUGCUUUCAGAGACACGCCCUAAAAAACCUUCUUUCCUAAAACUUAUCCCUCAACUUAUAAUAAAAACCCCCAUGGGAGUAUCUGUAGAUGCUGUUUGGAAGGCUGGAGAAAAGCAGACUUCCUCUGAAAAUGUGUGAUGUGAAAUAGCAUACCACGUCUUUUGAGCACUCAGUAACUCCCAUAAAGAAGUUAGGGAUCUUAAUGCAAUAAUGAUAAUGCCUUCAGGUUGGACCAGUUUUUGACUGUUGUGCACAGAUGACCUGAGGAUGCAAGUUACCAGUGAACGCUGGGGGACAUUUAACAAGGAGAAACAGGCUUCUGGCAGGUGCUACGCUCUCCAGAGCCGAGGUGACAUUGGAGUGUCUGUGUAGCCUCCCUCUAACUGCGCUUGCCUAAUGACAUGUCAUCUGAAACUAAUUCAAAGCAAGGUCCACUCCCCAAACCAACUGAUGGUAGUGCAAGAAACGCUGUGGAUCAUCUUAAAUACAUACGUUAAGUUUUGUUAGAUGCUUUGAAAGUUACUCUUCAGGGAGGUGAGGGGGAGCAGGUGAGGAGGAGCAAAAGAGAAGAAUGGUUUAUGCAGUGGCGUUUCUGCCUGAUAAGCUUUCCUUACAUGUACCAUUUCCAGCAAACUUGGCCCUAUUAAUGACCAUAGAAAGUAAUGGUUAAUAUUUUGAGUUCAAAAAGAAAGGUACAAACAUUAUUUUCCUUGUUCUAAAGAUGUUAUUUUCCCUUUUGAGGCAGAAAAGUCCACUUAAAAAUAAAUGUUCAAGUGAA